CAUUCCUUAUAAUUUGUAAAAUUGUCAACUUAAUUUUUUAGCUUCGAUGCGAAGCUGAGAAGGUAUUAAUUUUACUAUGAUGUGUUUUUUAUUUAUGUUUUCGCUUUUUCUCAGCUCUCACCGAACUGAUUUCUUUUAAUGAUACGUCAAAAGAUUACAAAACGUAACUGUUCGAGGACAUUACCCUCAAAAAUUAAAAAAAAUUUCCCUUGUUCCUCAAAAUGGAGAAAAUUUUCAAAAAACUUACAAUUUUUGAAAUUGGUAAAUUUCCUAAUUUUUUUCACUUCUUUUUUCUUAAACUACCAUAAUUUUUUCAAAAAUUAACAAAUCAACUUAAUUUUUUUUAUAUUGAAAACUUAGAUAUUUUGAUUUCAUUUGAUAUCAUUUUUUUGAAAUUAGAACACUUAACCUGCUUACAGGAGGGGAUUCAAAAUGACAACUUUUUCAAAAAAAAUUAACCUUUUCAAAUUAACUUUUGAAAGUGUUCCAGAAAAUCUGACACUUCUAUAUAUAUCUGUGGCUUGGUGCAAGAAGGGCCAAUGUCAUAUUUUGACGAAAUUGAGAUUAUCGGGCCAAUCUUUUCGUUUUUUCUUUUUUUAUAUUCUGAUAAAACGGCUAAUGUAUUAGAAGGAGUGUGACCAACUUACAUUCAAGAUUGGCCAUUUUAAUUUUCGUCAUUAAACAUAACUAUUAUUUUGAAAAAAGGGCUUAUCAUUACAUUGGCUAGAUAUCAAUAAAAUUAUUAAUUGAAAAAAUGGCCAAUGUGUAGUUAGGACUAAUGGUAUUGUGGUACAAACUGACUUCGGCCUUUUUCACAUUGUUUACUGACAGAUAACGUUAUUUGAUUAUAUUGAUAAUAAAUUAUUAUAUUUUUGAUUUUUCAUACUUUCUGGUCACUACUAAAAUCUAAGUGUUACCAUUUACUGUGUUUCUACGUAAUAAGCUAAUAAUUAUAAAUGAAAAUGUGAUCAAAUGCAAAUCAAAACUAUGAAUUCAAGAACUAGACGGUUAAUGCAAAUGUGUCAAACUAGUUCCACGUCUGCAAAUUCAAGUAAAAACGGAGAAGAAUGUUAUAGUACUGACUCAGAUUCAAUCACUGAUAUCAAUGAUUAUUCAUCAGAUGAGUAUGUCCUAUGUAAAAAUAAAAUCGAUAGUUAUUCAUUUAACUCGGAUUCUGACGACUCAAUUAGUGUUGAAAUUAACGAAAUUGAUAAUAUUAACACAGAAAUACAAAGUGAUGCUUAUUCUGAAAAAUGUACUGUCAAUAUUGAAACAAAUUAUUCUGUAAUACAGAGUUGUUCUGCUAGUACUAAUAUAUCACAAAAGAAAAGGGGACGUCAAAAACAAGAGGGUCCUAAAACUAGAAAACGUUUAAGUAAUCCAAAAACAUGGGGAAGAAAUAUUGAAAAAUCAAAAAAAACAAAAGGUGAAGAAUAUGUUAAUACAAAGGGACAAUUAGUUGCUAAAAAUACUUUACAACCACCAUGUUCUUGUAGACUAAAAUGCUCAGAAAAAUUUACUCAUGAGCAAAGAGAAAACAUUUUUAAAAAUUUCUAUAACCUUCCAAAAGAUAGUCAAAUGCAGUUCAUAGCUUCAUCGGUUAUUGAAACAAAUAAAAAAUUGGAAAGGCUCAGAAAUGAUGAGUAGAAGAAAUUUUACAAGAUCAUACUAUCUUUCAUCUGGGACUGAAAUUAAUAUACUUUAAACUGUUAAAAUAUUUUGUAAGUGUAUUUAUUUGUAAGUGUAUUUUAUUAGGUUGUUAUACUUUAAAUUGUUAAACUAAUUUGUUACUGAUUUGUUAGAAAUCUCAGAGGAAAAUAAAGACUUAUUAUGUUAAAUUAAACUAUGUGAUAACAUUUGAAAUUUCUAAAUUUUAUUUAUAAGUGUACUUUAUUAAUUAUUCUUUAUUAAGUUUAUACAAAAUAUAGUGCUAUUUAAAUUGGUUGUUUUAAGUUUAAAAUAUUCUGUAAAACAUACAAAAGUGAAAUAUUUUUAAUUUUUAUAGUAAAUAAUAAUGUUAUGAACUGAUUUUUUAUUUUAAUUGAAACUAAAAGACAAAAUUGUGAAUUAAAAAUAAAAUAAAGUUAUUUUAUGAACAAAAUAUAUAUUUUUUGCAAUCAAACUUAUGGCCAAUGUCAAAAAAAAGCAAAUAAUUUUUUUUUUUUGAGUGGCCAAUGUCGUUAUAAAACUUUUACAUUUGUAGUUAAAAACAAAAUGAGACCCAUACAGUGAAAUAAAAUAAAAUUUAAUUAAGUAAUAGCAUUUUUAGAGUUCCUACAUAAAAUUAAAAAUUUUUAUGUAAAUUUUAAAAAUUGGCUAAUUUAAUAUUUUAAUUCCUGAACAUUGUUAAAAUUUGACAUUGGCCCUUCUUGCACCAAGCCACAGAUAUAUUUUAAAUUAAAGCUAAUGUAAUAUUCUUUAUUAUGGAAAAAAAUAAUUUCGGACUUUAUUUUGUCUUCACGGUGAAAUUGCUACCGAAUACUAUUUU